AUGGGUGAUGCAGCAGUGGGGAGAAUUCUUACCCAUAUGAAUAAGGACCACAAGCUGGCACUCGUAGACUAUCUAUAUGUAUAUGGUGGAGUGCCAAUCACGGAUCAAAUUAGCAAUGUUCGGCUGUUUAACAUCGAAUUGGAGUAUAUGACUUUGCAGUUUCAGCAUGGUGCUGUGGAAUAUGACAUUGAGAAGACUAUUUUGUUUCAGCCUCCUUUGAAUGAUUGGUCAGAAGCUAGGGAGAGGCUGGUAAGUAUGGCUAACGAAGCCGCAAAAAAACGCAAUCUGUCGACCAUUCAAGUUAAUGACAUGUCUUACCCAAGCACUGUACUUGAGCUGAUUAUCUUGGUACUCGCUCAGUUACCGUUGGUAUGCUACUAUUUCCGCUCAGUUUUGUAUUGGUUGCCAAUACCGCUUGCAUUGAAGCAGUUCCUGGAUAGCGAUGUAACGCUGUUGGGUGUUACUCUACUCGCCUAUAUCACGCAUGCGCUGGAAGUGUUGUUUCUAUUGAAGCCAAGACUUGAAUUUUAUAGAGUGCCAACAGACUUUUUAAUCGAAUGGUAUUUGUUUGGCAUCUUGGAAGGUUACGCACCAGUGAAAAGGCUGGAGCAAUUAGCAACACGAAUCAAGAUGAAGGAAGAUAAGUGA